AUGCAGCGCGGAGGCCCCGCCAAGGCCGCUCCGCGGCGCAGACACCUGAGCCGCCGGCUGAGCCGCGCGCAGGACCGGGCGCUGGGCGGCAGCAUCUACCUGGUGCGGGAGAGCGGCCCCACCGGCUUCCUGCUGCGCGAGGAGGAGCCCGCCUUCCGCGACUUCCGAGUUUUCCUGGGAAACCCGCACACCUGUAACUGCCCCGCGUUUCAGAAGGGGGCGGAGCUCUGCAAGCACAUAUGCUGGAUCUUGUUGAAAAAAUUCAAGCUUCCAAGGAAUCAUGAAUAUGCUCUGCAGUUAGGCCUGGUGGAAGGAGAGAUCGAUGACCUGCUCCGGGGGGUGGAUCGCUUGCCCUCUCCCCCAAAACCAGCCAACGGCCCCCAUGCACACACGGAAGGCGACGGGUGUGCGAAGCAGAAGGAGGUCGGCCCCGAGGACAUCUGCUCCAUCUGCCAGGAGGUGCUGCUGGAGAAGAAGCUUCCCGUCACCUUCUGCAGGUUUGGUUGUGGCAAUAACGUGCACAUAAAAUGCAUGAAGAUCUUGGCCAAUUACCAGAAUGCCGCGGCAGGCACGUCUAUGUUGAAAUGUCCGCUGUGCAGGGAGGACUUUGCACCGUUAAACCUGAUCUUGGAGGAAUUCAAAAACGCGAGCAAACUCGUGACCGUGGCGGAGAGGGAGCGCCUGGGCAGGCAGCUGGGGAUCCCCUGCAACAGCUGCCAGCAGUGCCCCAUCGAGGGCACGUGUUACAAGUGCGCCCAGUGCGAGGAGUACCACCUGUGCCAGGCCUGCUUCGACAGCGGCUGCCACCGCGCCCACGCGUUCACUUUCCGGGAGAAGAGAAAUCAAAGAUGGAAACCACUAGAAAAAAGACCAGGUGAAACUGAGAAAUACAGAGAUGUUAAAAACGACGUAGAACAGACACCACAUCUUCCAGAAAAGCCAGGCCAGGCGCACACGCCGAAGCACGCGGUGCGGGCGCUGCCCCUGCUGAUGGUCACGAAGAACAGCAAGCUGCUGGCCCCCGGCCUCCAGUGCCGCCUCUGCCUGCAGCCCUUCUGCCCCGGCCAGUACGCCAGGCUGCUCCCCUGCGCCCACAAGUUCCACAGGAAAUGUAUUGACAGCUGGUUAGUCCACAAGUGCAACGCAUGCCCCGUUGAUGGACAAGUCAUAUACAACCCUUUGCUCUGGAAAGACACAGCCGUGAAUGGACGCGGCCAUCACUCCGUUCCAAACUCAGAGGUCGCCCGUCUGUCGAAGCAGGAAGAACCAGGGCUCUUCAUUCCUGGUACUGGGUUGGCGUUAAAACAAAACAGAGCUGGGGUUGUGCCUAGCAUCCACCAACGUAAUUCUGAAAAGUCGAAGACGCCUCCGCGAUGCACAGACACCCACCAGGAAAUGACAUUAGGUGACCUGUACUCUCUCAACGUAGACGAUGCAAAUUCAAGGAAAUUAAUCUACGAGUAUAAAAUCAGGCAACAUUUCCCCCGGUAUUUUCACGACUUACCCACGGGAUCCUCUGGGAAAAUACCAUCUCAAACAUUUCUUCCUUCUAUCACUCGCAAGAAAAACGUAUGUCCCCCUGGAACGGGACGUCCCCGGGUCAAUGAAACCGGUCAAAGCCAGAAGCUGACCAAAGGCUCUAAACGUAUCCACCACAAUCUGAAGAAGAUUCUCGGUACCCACGUCAGAGAGGAAAACAGGAGACCAAAUACCCCAGAAGAUUCCGAUCUUAUUGCCAGUUGGGGUACAACUAAGAGUUUGUCUACAAGGUGUGCUAAUUGUUUGGGGAAACUUAGAAGAAAAUGCCAUCAUCGAUCAAGAAGGCCUAUGUCUCACCCUUUACAUAAAACAGAGCUGAGCUGUCGUUAACAUCGGAAGGAGCUCAGUUAUGAAAAUAUACUUUUGACUAACAUCAGGAUUUUCUACUAUUUGGAUAUCGAACAUGAAAUGUUUUCUUUGUAGAACGUAAAGCAAUACUAUAUAGCUUUGACAAAUGGGUAUAAAAUUUUCUGUUGUCAUUUUGCUCACUUGUCCAUGAAGAACUAACUACUCAUAAAGGAAAUUAGUUCCUUCUUUAUAAGACUUAAAGUGUUAGGUUUCUCAAUGAGUAUGUUCAGGAUGUUAUGAAUUAUGAAUAUUUUUUGAACUUUUAUAUCUGAUUUUAUGUUCAUUAAAAUAAUUAUUAUUACUUAA